CAGGCUGGGGAACGGUAUAAAGGACGCCCUGGCCCCUGCUCUGCUCAGCACUCCACUAGAGGCCUCUUCAGCCAUCCUUACUCUGAGCCAGGUUGACCUAAAGCAGCUUCCAAGAUGUCCCAGCAACAGACUCUGCCAGUCACCCUGCCCCCUGCCCUCUGUCAGGAGCCCCUCAAGCCUGUGUCUCCUCCUACUGAUACCCACCAGGAGGAGCAAGUGAAGGAGCCAACUCCACUGCCUGUCCCAUGCCAGAAGGUGCCUUCCGGGAUCCCAGGGGAGGUCCCCUUGGUGCACGGGGAGAAACACACAACUCCUGUGAAGGGGGUGCCCGAGCAAGACUGUGAGCCGCAGGAGCAGGAACAGCAUCUGGAACAGCAGCAGCAGCAGCAACAGGAACAGCAUAAGGACCAUCAGGACGCAGGAAGCUUGGAGCAGCAGCUGGAGGAGGAGAAAACACAAAGGGAGCAGCCACUAAAGGGACAGCUGCAAGAAGACAAGAAGCUCUUGGACCAGCAGCUGGAUAGAGAGCUGACAAAGGGAGGUGAGCAGCUGGAGAAUAAGGAGACGCAGCUGCUGGAGCCCCUGGCGCAGCAGGAGGAGAAGCUGGAUCCACCUGAAUUUGUCCCAGCUCCUGGCCAGGUCCAAGAGACCCACCCAGCGCAGCCACUGAAGGGAGAAGUCUUGCCCCCCGCAGAGCAGCAGCAGCAGAAGCAGGAGGUGCAGUGGCCUCCCAAACAUAAGUAACUGCCCCCAGUGUCCCAGAGGCCCUCAGGCCCUCCUACAAAGUGAAGAGAGAGCCAGUGGCCUCGCUUACCUCAGGUGCCCAGCCUGGAUGGCCCACUUCAUCUGUGAACCUGCCUGACCUUGACCUUCUGCAUGACUUUGUGAUAGAGCUGGGGGGUGGGGGAAGUUAUUGCCCAGCUCCUGAUGAGCCCACUUCUAACCUCAGAUGCCCAGAGCCUGUGCCUGAGGACAGCUACUGCAGUAACUCUGACUUCAUGCCCAGUGUUACGGCUGAAUCUGGGAGUGUACAAUGAUACAGAAUAAACGCUAAAGCCCUGGGAUCCUGUGCUCUCUCUGUCUUUGCUCCUGUCUCUCACCAUACGACCUGUCAGUGAGGCAAUGGUUGCAACUGACUCUCUUGGCUAACUCCCAAAGUGGGACAGACAUCUCAAUCCCUCUUUAAGUCUGCUCCCAAAACCAUCCAGUACAGUCCACAGCUUCCAAAAAUGAAGUCAGACCAACACCGAACAAAAACAAAACAACUUCAUCGUGCACCUGAGAGCAACACUUGCCAGUCACAAGGGGGGCAAGCCAUCCUGAUUGGGGGGAAAGGGCUCCAUCCCAGUCCAGCACUGCCUCUCACACACACCGAGCCCAACGCUAGCCCAUGGCCAAGGGGGCAGAGAGGGCCUGGGGGCUCCCUCUGGGUCUGAUCCCUUCCUGGGUUUACUCUCUGUAGAAUGUCCUCAUGGAUUCCAAGAAUCUCCUGGACUGCCUAAUUGGUUAAGGAAGACUUUAGGAAAGCAACAGAAGCAGAAUCGGGCAAGGUGGGGAGAGGAAAGACUCCUGGGAGUGGCCUCUGCUGGGGACUGUGACAGUGUCACUAAAGGUAGUAAAGGUUGGGCCAGCUGGAGUCAUGGAGGCCAAAAUGCUGAACCGGCUGGAGAAAUGCAGACCCAAGGUCACUGCAGCCGUUCCCCUCCCUGGCGUGUCUGUAGCCUUUACUGCCAUCAAUCACUUCAGGAUGUGGGCUCUCUCUUUCCUGGGGAUCACCUGCCUUCAACCAUUUACCCACAUCAUCUCAGGCAGGUUGUCUCAAGGUCCCCAAAGCUAUUUUACCACAGGCAUGAGCACAUGCCAGGGACAUUGCUAUUGAGACUUCCGGGCCCCCAAAGCCAGUAGGUCUGAAUGGCACUUAGCCUCCCUCCUCCCACCACCUCCAGCAACACUCACUAUCUUUCCUCCUUAGGUGUCCUCUCUCCUGGUCACAAUGCCACCACCUGGCCGUUCACCUAAGCCAGGGAUGUGCUCAUCAUCCCUCACUCCUCCUCCCUUCGUCCCUACCCCCUACCAUGAUCAAGUCCCUGCUGUCCCUGCCCACCCCUCCCAAUCCUAGACUGAGGUCAUUUCUCACCCAAACUAUUGCAACGGGCUUCAAGCUGGUUUCCCUCACCCGCUGUCAAUGUGCCCUCCAAUCCACCCAUCUUACCGAGGGUUUCAAAAGCACCCUUUGGGGGCCAGCUGAGUGGCGCAAUGGUUAAGAACUGGCUUGAGACGCCAGAGGGCCCC